UAACAUAGUGCGAAUCAUUCUCCAGUCGAAGUUAUGCAGUCCUCUUGCGAGCUUGAGAAUUGCGAAACUUCUCAGAUUGUCGACAAGCAGUUCCUUUUUUAUAAAACACAACGCGUCCCAUAAAGUCCAGUUCAGAGAUCUAUUAGAAUCUUUGAUGUGUCGUAGAUGCCGCACUAACUAGUCCGUGCGUCUAUGUCAUAUUUAUUGUCGCAUGAUAUACAUGUUUAAAUGACAAAAUUUUAUAUAAUUUAUCUAUGAAAUCAUUUUAAAUAUACAUAAAACCCCAUGCUGUUCACUAUUUUUUAUUUGUCUUUCGAAAAUGUCAAUUUUUAAAAAGAAAAUAAUAUCAAAAAAUUGGGACCACGGACUAAAAUCCAAGCAUUCUACAAAUCAUUUUAAACACUUGCAGCACUCCCAGACUGUCACCUCUUUUUAGCUAGUCUAUUAAACAAAGAUAAAACACCUGCGAUCUGGCGAUUCCUACUUUAAGUUGUGCAAGUGAUUGUGUAUCUCUUUCUAUCCCACUGAUUUUGAGAAUUACGGGGCCGUACGCAGAUAAAUUUUUGGACCGUUUUUGUAUUAUUUUCGUCGUGUUUUUAAAGAGAUCUUUAAGGAUGGGUCUAUCGCCUUUAAAAUAGUUGUUGGAUGGGUCUAUCACCUUUAAUAGUUGGGUGGGGGGGGGAGUAAUGUGAGGUUAUUAUUUCAUGGUUUUGCAGUUUUUAAUGUGAGGAAGUGUGUUUUUUUAUUUGUGUUUAAAUUGUUUUAAUAUUAUACUUAAAGACCUUAAAAUGUUUCGACCCUGGGAAAAUAGGCAGGAAAAUUUGGCAAAUGAAGAGGACAGUGUUUGUGCCGGCUUAUGGAGACCGUGGGUGCACAAAAAAGACAAUAAUAUUUGUGGUAAAAACAAUAAGAGUGAUCUGGACAGUGAUUUAGACUCAUAUAGUUCUGAUGGUUCAUUUUCUUGUGUUGAAGAAGCAGAGGAAGAAGCCAGGGUGGUAAAAGCUAUAGGGGAAAAUCACGGGGUUUUAAAACGUAAUUGUUUAAGUACAGACGCUAAACAAAUUUGUUUAAAUGUCUAUAACAAUCUAAGGAAUGAUCCUCAGAUCACAAAUGAUUGUAGUGCUUUGCAAAAAACAGCAUUUUUAACAGGGGUUCCAUAUAGCUAUUUUGUAAGAAAAGGGAUUAAAGGCAGAAAAAAAAGGAAUAAUGCAGGACAAUCAAAGGGACUUGACAUGAACAUUGCCAAAUUGCUAAGGGAAGUUGUGUAUUCUAAAUACAAAAACAACGAGGUUCCAACUAUAGAGAUGGUUAAGGACACCUUAUCGGCAAGGGACAAACAUUUCACAGUCUCAACCUUGCGGAGAUACCUAAUAAAACUUGGAUUUAAAUUUAAGAUAGUUAACAAAAGGGCUGCUGUAAUGGAAAGUACUCGAAUUGUCAGGUGGCGUAUAGAAUAUUUGGAAAAUAUUAAAAAAUUUCGGGAGGAAGAAAGAUCCAUAUAUUAUUUAGAUGAAAUCUGGUAUGAUACACAUGACAUGGCAAAAAAGGGUUGGACUGAUAGUUCUAACAAAUGUGUCCUAAAAGAUGUUCCACCGAACAGAGGAUCUCGGAUGAUCAUUAUUCAUUGUGGUUCAAAAGAAGGUUGGGUGAAAGAUGGACAGAAAUUGUGUGGCAAAAAAAUAGAAGAGUGCAAUGUGGACUAUCAUAGAAACAUGCAUGCAGAUAUAUUUGAAACCUGGUUUGAGAAAACAUUAAUUCCAAAUUUAAAGGAAAACAGUGUUAUUGUUAUGGAUAAUGCAUCAUACCAUUCAAGGCUUUCUGAGAAAAUCCCAAACACAUCUUCGCAUAAAUUGGAAAUUGAGACAUUUUUAUUAAAACAUGAUCUCUAUUUUCAUGAAUCUUAUACAAAGAAACAAUUAUUGGAAGUUGUAAAUACAAAAUCAUGGGAAAAGCAGUAUGUAGUAGAUAACAUAGCUAAAAAGUAUGGUCAUACUGUCCUCAGACUUCCACCAUAUUAUUGUGUAUUUAAUCCUAUCGAGUUGAUUUGGGGACAACUAAAAAGGAGAAUUCGCAGGAAAAAUAAGUAUCCAAAAUUUGAUAAAAAAGUUAUAAAUUUGAUUAAGGAGGAAGUUAUGAAUUUAGGAGAGGAAGAGUGGAGAAAGUCUGAGGAAAAAAUUAUAAGAUAUGAAGAGGAAUAUCGUAAUUUGCAUCAGAUUAUUUUGAAUGGAGGCGACCGUUUCAUUAUAAAUUGGGAUAAUGAUGAAUCUGAUGCAGAAAUUGAAGAUCUGUGGCUAAACUAGUUAUUGUCGCAUAUGCUUACUGCCUCUGUUUGUCCUUCAGCGAUACAAUAAAGACUGCUUCUUCCUGCAUUUUCUGGGAAAAAGUUCCUUUUUUGCCAUAUUUACUGCCUCUGUUUGUCCUUCAGCGAUACAAUAGAGACUGCUUCUUCCUGCAUUCUCUGGGAAAAAGUCCCUUUUUUGCCAUAUUUACUGCCUCUGUUUGUCCUUCAGCGAUACAAUAGAGACUGCUUCUUCCUGCAUUCUCUGAGAAAAAGUCAGUUUUUUGCCAUAUUUACUGCCUCUGUUUGUCCUUUAGCGAUACAAUAGAAACUGCUUCUUCCUGCACUCUCUGGGAAAAAGUCCCUUUUUUGCCAUAUAUCCAAAUGCUUUACUGCGACUGUGCGAGAUGAAGUUGGAAUCCUAACGGCAACAAAGAAACUGGUUCCUUCCUUAAUGGAAGAAACUGCUAAAGAAAAAAAGGGAAAAUUGAGUUUAGAAAAUUGUAUUAACUCUUUGGGCCAGAUUCAAAUGAGUAAUUUUAAGAUUUUGUACAAAAAUUUUAGUUUUUAGUAUAAGCAUUUAUUUUUGUUAAUUUUCAUCUAAUCUCUCCUAUUAUGCACAAUAACUAUAUAUGAGGCACACAAAUUAAUAAAUAUUACAUUCAGGAUGCAAA